CAAAGUUGCGAAUUAUUACGUUUACCUCCGGUGACCGCUCUCCGCAGAUUCGCUUCUUUUCUGAUGCCGGUAUUUAAUUCAAUUUGAGCGCAUUAUCUUGUAAGAUGAUGGAGUAUCUGGAGGAUAAAUUCGCUCUGAAAGGUCCGGCGAUGAAGGCCACUGACUACUACAUGGACCAGGUGAUGGAGAGUCUGGACAGCGGGCCUUACUUCAGCAAGUCUCCCCAGAAGUGUGUGCAGGCCUUCGGACUGCAGAGCGGCGAGCACCGCUCCUCUCCCCGCGGAGAUCAGAACGCCGGUUUCGUGGUGCCAAAGUCGGAUGAGGAUACUUUGCACACGGACCUCGGCAGGUCGCUGGACAGCUGCUGCACUCUGCGAGCGUCGCCCGGCUCCACCGGGCCGGACAAAACGGACGUGGACGACAAGUGCGACAGUAACGUGUCCAGCAGCAAGAAGCGGAGACACCGGACCACGUUCACCAGCGCGCAGCUGGAGGAGCUGGAGAAGGUCUUCCAGAAGACCCACUACCCGGACGUGUACGUGCGGGAGCAGCUGGCCAUGAGGACGGAGCUGACCGAGGCCAGAGUCCAGGUUUGGUUCCAGAACCGAAGAGCCAAGUGGAGGAAGCGAGAACGUUACGGACAAAUCCAACAAGCUAAAAGUCACUUUGCUACCACGUACGAUUUAUCGGUGUUACCAAGGACAGACAGCUACACACAGAUCCCCAACAACCUGUGGCCCAGUCCGUCUCCAGGUGGCUCGGUGGUCUCCCCCUGCAUGCUCCCCCGAGGAUCUCCCCCUUGCGUCACCUCCUACUCGCCUCGCUCGUCCUCUGGCACCGCUGAAUAUGUCGGCUUUCCAAACCACCAAAAUCAGUUCAGCCACGUCUCCCUCAACAACUUCUUCAGCACUGACUCCCUCCUCACUCCAACCGCUAAUGGUCACCACGCCUUUGAGACCAAACCAGAGUUUGAGCGACGCUCAUCCAGCAUCGCAGUACUGCGCAUGAAGGCCAAAGAGCACACAGCCAACAUCUCCUGGGCCAUGUGAUGGAGGUUGGGGACUUUAGGUAAUUUAAAGGACAAUCAUUGACUUCGGAUUUGUUUGUAUCUUGUGUGAUGACUUUGAUCUUCACCCAUUAGCUUUGAUCCCAGCAGGAAGCUGACCUGCUGCCGUGCUGUUUGUACGGAAACAUAAAUGACCUUUAUCCAUUUAUUCCACUGUGGAUCGCUGAUAUGUGUUUGGUUUUGGCACAAGGGAUCUUCACUCAACUUUGGACCGGAGAGGUUGACAAGAUCAGA